AUGUGUUAUUUCAAAAUAUGUUCUUUGGAAAUUCUACUGGUGUUAGCGCUUACUGUACCGGAGUGUUACGGAAUAGUGAAUAUUACUGUUGGAUAUCUUACUGUCAGUAAAACUAAUGAAUUUGUUCGCGGAAAACAAGGAAGGGUGAUAUCAGGUGCCUUAACAUAUGCUGUGGACGAAAUCAAUCAAAAUACUUCCAUAUUACCGGAAUAUCAUUUGGAUUUCAUUUGGGAUAAUACUUGGGAUGAUACAUUAAUAUCUACUGCUAAGCUCACCGAACAAUGGCGUAAAGGAGCGGUGGCUUUCUUUGGACCAGAAGAUGGGUGCACAGUAGAGGCACGAGUUGCCGCCGCCUGGAAUCUACCUAUGAUUGCCUAUAAAUGUGCUGACUAUGAAGUCUCAGAUAAAUCAUUGUAUCCAACAUUCGCUAGAACCUAUCCUCCGGCUUCUCAGGUCACCAAACCUAUCAUAUCUCUACUUCUACAUUAUAACUGGAAGAAAUAUACCCUCAUUGUUGGGUCGUCGCAUAAAGAGAAGACUAUUGCUGAGAAACUGAUAGAGUUAUCAGAACUGUACAAUAUAACCAUAAAUGACAGAAAAGUUUUUGAAGAACCACACAUUGCUCUCGCCACUGGAAAUCCAUUUCCCCGUAUUGUUGAUGAAACCUACGUUGGAACACGAGUGUAUGUCUUUCUGGGAGAUAUAAAUGGUGUGGUGGAUUUUAUGAGUAAUUUAUAUGAUCGGGGUUUAUUAGAUACUGGUGAUUAUAUAGUAAUCUAUGUAAACCAUGGGAAUUUUGAUCAAUCAGAACCACUGAAAUAUUUUAAAAGAACCAUGGAUAGACCAGAUCAACCCAGGAAUCUCGAAGCAUCUAGAUCUUUAUUAGUCAUAACAUCCAGUCCGGCAACAAAUCUUGAAUAUGGCAAAUUUCAUUAUAAAGUCAAUGAUUAUAAUGAACAAGCACCAUUUGAAUUUCCAAAUCCUUUCAAGAUACCAAAAAGAGUGAGUUUUGCUUUAAUCUCUGUUUAUGCUGCAUAUCUGUAUGAUGCUGUCAAGCUGUAUUCUAUAGCAUUAAGUGAAGUAAUAGCAGAAAAUGGAAGUGUAACAAAUGGGACAGCAAUCAUCAAUAAAAUACGAAGAAGAUCAUAUACAAGUAUCCAAGGUUUCCUUUCGAAAAUUGAUGAAAAUGGCGACGCCGAAGGCAACUAUACUUUAUUGGCACGUGUGAAGUACAAAACUGCUUAUGCAGACUAUUCCAUGCUACCCGUGGGUCAUUUUCAAAUGACAGACGGAAGCACUAUUCCUGCAUUUCGCCGCUUUGAUGUAAAAACAAUAGAUUCUGUAUUGACGAAACCACCAGUAGAUGAGCCUAAAUGUGGAUACAGAGGAGAACGAUGCAUUCCGCCUGAAACCUACACACUAGAGAUAGUAGGAGGUGUAUUGGGUGGACUGGUGUUUACUAUAAUAGUCAUUCUUCUCAUCAUAUACAGAAAUUGGAGAUAUGAACAGGAAAUUGCUGGAUUAUUAUGGAAAAUAUCAAGAUCAGAUAUAAAAACACGCGAUUCUAAAUCUACUGGGCCAUUAGACAGAGCCAAAAGUACCAGUCGGAUGACAUUGUGCAGUCAGCAGUCGAUGGAAUCUAAGUUUUCUAUGACCCAGAUAUAUGCCCAAACAGGUUCAUAUAAAGGUCAGAUAGUGGCCUUGAAGAUGUACGAAUUCAAUAGUUUUGACGUUAGCAGAAAAAUGAAGAAAGAAAUGAAACUUAUGAGAGACUUACGUCAUGACAACGUUAAUGCAUUCAUUGGUGCUUGUGUAGAUCCUGAAUAUUUUAUCAUUGUAACAGAAUAUUGUUCUAAAGGAAGCCUACAGGAUAUCUUAGAGAACCCAGAUCUCAAAUUAGAUCACAUGUUUCUUGCCUCAUUGGUCAAAGAUCUGUUACAAGGACUGAUCUUUCUUCACGAGUCUGAAUUGGAAAUCCAUGGAAAUCUGAAAAGCUCCAAUUGUGUGGUGAACAGCAGAUGGAUGUUACAAGUUACAGAUUUCGGUCUGUUAAAUAUCCGUGCUGCCACCUACAAGAAGGAAGAUGAGCAUGCGUACUACAGAAAUUUACUGUGGUGUGCACCUGAAUUCAUCAGAAAUCGUCAUCUGAAGAAAACCCAGAAAGGCGAUGUUUUCUCAUUUGGUAUUAUAUUACAUGAAAUAUUUGUUAGACAAGGUCCUUAUGGUUGUUAUGAAUUGACUCCAAAAGAAAUAGUUGAAGAAGUAAAGAAUUUUAAAGAACCAAUAUUUCGCCCUGAUAUAAGUCAACUCGACUGUGAUAAAUAUAUAAUUGAUUGUAUGGAAUUAUGCUGGGCAGAAAAUCCACAGGAUAGACCGGAGUUUAGAACUGUCUGGACUAAACUUAAACCGCUUAGAGCUGGCAUGAAACGGAAUAUAUUCGAUAACAUGAUGUCAAUUAUGGAAAAAUAUCAAGAAAAUUUGGAAGAUUUGGUUGGAGAAAGAACUGAACAGCUUAUUGGAGAAAAGAGGAAAACAGAAGCCUUACUUCAUCGAAUGUUACCACGGUUUGUUAAUCAACAAUUAAAGCGAGGAGAGCCAGUUAUACCAGAAACUUUCAAUUCCACUACCAUCUAUUUUAGUGAUAUUUGUAGCUUUACUAAACUAUCAGCCGAAUCAACGCCUAUGGAGGUGGUUGAUUUAUUGAGCCAUUUGUAUACAUUAUUCGACAAUAUUAUCAAGAAUUACGAUGUAUAUAAAGUAGAGACAAUAGGUGAUGCCUAUAUGGUAGUCAGUGGUCUACCAUUACGAAAUGGUGAUAAUCAUGCCGGUGAAAUAGCUUCAAUGUCUCUUCAUCUACUCUCAGCAAUUAAAACGUUUCAAAUACCACAUCGUCCUAAUGAAACUCUGAAAUUAAGAAUCGGUAUACAUACAGGACCUGUUGUGGCAGGAGUUGUCGGUAUGACUAUGCCUAGAUAUACCUUAUUUGGUGAUACAGUUAAUACUGCCUCUAGAAUGGAAUCUAACGGAGAAGCGUUAAAGAUCCAUUGUAGUGCUGAAUGUAGAGCGGUGUUGAUGAAGUUGGGUGGUUAUAAUUUGAAAGAAAGAGGGCUGAUCAAUAUGAAGGGAAAAGGAGAUUUAUUGACAUAUUGGCUAGUGUCUGAAGAUGAACAAACUAGAAAACAAAGAAUGUGGUAUUUAGUUCAAGAUGAAACUGAUAGUGUUACUAUGAAGCGCCGUUUUCCUGGACUCUCAAAUCAUAAACGUUUACCAGACGGCUUCUCUAGAGGUGAUCGACCGCUAAGUAUCGAAAAAAAUUCUUCCGAAAGUAAUUUAUGGGACAUAUUAAAAAUGCACGACUCCAAUUUGGAACCAUGCGAUUCGCAUUCAACGCAUUCACGUAUAAAUUCGUUUCGUGAAUCACGAACUAGAGAUAGGCUUAGUGAAAGUCCGCCUUCAUCGAGGAAGAAUCUGUCAUCAUUAACUGUUCCAGAUUGUAAUGGUCAUCAGUGGAAAUAUAAUCAGACUGACCAUAAAAAUGAAAAUGUGAACCAAAAUGAUUCUGUGAUAUCAAGUGAAACUGAUUGUUUGUUGUGUAAAAAUCAUCCGUCCAAGGGGAAACAGGUACCGCCUCAUGUUUGUAAAAACUGUGAAGAAAUCGAACUACUUGUGGUAUAA